CGCUUCAAAUUUACUGAACCAACUGUACGAGAUAACGCUGCACAAAUUAAAGAACGAUUAUUAGCGUGGUGUCGCUUAAAAACCAAAGAAUACGAGAAUGUACAACUUGAAAAUUUCUCGACAAGCUGGAACAAUGGUUUAGCAUUCUGUGCGUUAAUACAUCACUUUAGACCGAAUGCUUUUGAUUAUAACUCUUUACGUCCGGAAAAUCGCAGGAAAAACUUCGAACUUGCUUUUACAAAAGCCGACGAAGUCGCUGGAAUUGCACCAUUACUUGACGUCGAAGACAUGGUGAUGAUGCAACGGCCGGAUUGGAAGUGCGUCUUCACAUAUGUCCAGUCUAUUUAUCGUCGAUUCAAGGACGAAGACUAGUGAUUCACUUUAAACGCAGCAACACAGCACAAUUCCACUUUAUACUAACGUAGAACGAGACCGCUAUUUGUAGAACGUUAUUAUCUGUUUAAUACACACAUGGUCAGAGAUACACCUGGUCAUAAACAAUGUUUUUUUUUUUUAAUAACAAGAUUGGUUAUAUUUUUAAUAACGAGAUUGGUUCUAUGAUAUUAUAUGUAUUGAAUUUGAUAAUUUGUAUAGAUAUUCAUAGAUUUGAGGACAAUGUCUUCUAAUGAUAAUAACGUAUGUCAUUGAAAUCAGUCUUAUGAGAAGCUACGCAGUCGUACGCGUUAUAUGUUUUCAUAUCUCGCGUCGUUUCUUGACACACAGCUUUACUAACAUAUAACAAUUUUCUAUCUAUGUUGAUGCAGCAACUAAUAAUUUUCACGAAUGUAUGAUUGAAAGCCAAGUGUAAGCGAAACACAAAAUCGCUGCCAAGUGACGUUAACGUCAAUGCUAUUAAAUUAAUUCAAUAUUUUGAGUACCAAAGAUUUCUUCAAUAAAUAUAUGAUACGAAUAUAAGAA